AAAAAUGGGACAAACCUUCUUUCAGAGACCACCCAAGUUAACAAUUGCACCGUUGCACACAGCCACAAAAUAGAAGGUUUAGUCGGCGAUGAUAAUGUCUAUCCCUCCCUCGUCUUCCUUCCAAAGACUUCCUGUCAACAGCUGCCACCGGUUAUUUCCCCCCUGUCUAUCCCUCCUUCGUCUUCCUUCCAAAGACUUCCUGUCAACAGCUGACACCGGUUAUUUUCUCCCUAAGGCCAGAAGUUCCGUCGUCAUCCGUCCAGUUGCGAAGUCAGUUGGGCAAAGCUGCAACCCGAAAGCAGUGCUAGCCCAGGCUUCCUCAAGAUCUUCUGCCCCAACUUUGAGCAUCGCCGCCUUGGAAUCGGCAUCGAGCGUGGUUAGAAAGUUCUACUCUGGAAUCAACAGCCGCGAUUUGGCCGCUGUCGAAAGCCUUAUAGCUGAGAAUUGUGUGUAUGAAGAUCUCAUCUUUCCUCAGCCCUUUGUUGGCCGCAAGGCCAUUCUAAAUUUUUUUGAGAAGUUUAUUUAUUCGGUUGGACAUGAUCUGCAAUUUGUGAUUGAUGAUAUAUCAGAAGAGGAUUCCUCUGCGAUAGGAGUUACAUGGCAUUUAGAAUGGAAGGGAAGGCAUUUUCCUUUUAGCAAGGGAUGCAGCUUUUAUCGGCUGGACACAAUAGACGGCCAGAGGCAAAUACAAUAUGGCAGAGACGGGGUUGAACCUACAUUUAAGCCCGGAGAAACAGCUUUGGUUGCUAUCAGGGGCGUAGCUUGGCUGCUGCAGCAGUUCCCUAAAAUGGCAGAGCUGCUAUAAUGGAUGUAAGCAAGCAGCUUAUGCACUUCCUUGUGGUUAGGCCCAUGCCAGCAGAAGGAAGAAGUAAUGAUACUGACAGUCAACAUUUGGCAUACUUCAAUAGGAAUGACAACAUAUGUGCAUAUACUACGGUAUAAAAUACUCCCAUUGUCCCUUAAAACUUGGUCAAGUUUGACCGGCACAGAGAUUAAUAAAGUAAAAACUGUGUGGUUGAGGUUUGUGCAGAGAAAGUGGAAUUAACUGGAACCACAAAUUCUUUACUUAAAAGAGAAAGUGGC